CGUCACCGCUUUUCCAGCAGUCUUGUGACGGGACCAUCAUGGCGUAGCGAUGUGGACCCACGGCUGCACUGGUGGACACGGAGAAGUUUACGAACAAGCCACUCGACACUUUGAGGUUUUAGUAAAGCUUUUAGACCAGCGUCAACGGUGAAAUAUUUCGCCCUGUGUCUUGUUUUUUUGUAGCGUCUGAAGAUGAUGGCGGAUGCCAGCGACAUGUUGGCAGCUGCUCUUGAGCAGAUGGAUGGCAUUAUAGCAGGGUCCAAGGCUCUUGACUACUCCAAUGGGUUGUAUGACUGUCAGUCACCCAGCUCUCCUUUCAUGGGCAAUUUACGAGCUCUUCACCUUUUGGAAGACCUCAGAGGCAUUCUGGAGUUGCUGGAUAAUGAUGGACGGACCAGUCUUCGCUGCCAGAUCCCCGACUCCACAGCUGAAAGUCUUGUCGAGUGGCUCCAAGGUCGUAUGUCCAACGGGCACCUCUCUGUGGGAGCCGGGGACCACUAUCAGGAAAGGCUUACUCGAAUCGAGAGUGAUAAGGAGUCCCUGGUGCUUCAGGUCAGCGUGCUAACGGACCAGGUGGACGCUCAGGGAGAAAAGAUUCGGGACCUCGACUUGUGCUUGGAUGAACACAGAGAGAAGCUCAACGCCACUGAGGAAAUGCUACAACAGGAACUUAUGUGCCGAACAGCGCUUGAGACCCAAAAACUGGAGCUGGUAACUGAAUUGUCCAAUCUAAAGUUGAAACUGAAUUCCAUACAGAAAGACAGACUGGACUUUGAUGAACGAUUUCGGGACAGUGAGGAUUUAAUUCUGGAGAUUAAUGAACUGCGGUACAGGUUGACGGAAAUGGAGAGCGAAAAGCAACAGUAUGAAAAGAAACUGAAAACAACAAAGUCUUUAAUGGCCAAGCUUUCUAGCCAGAAAAUCAAAAUGGGCCAGAUGCAGUAUGAGAAACAGAGGAAGGAGCACAAACUGCAGGCUCUGAAGGAGGAGCUUGUCAUGCUGAGAAGGCAGUUGGAGGGCAAAGACGGAGAGAAGGGCAAACUACAGGAUGAGGCGGGCUUCAAAGCCAUGGCCUCAAACAGUUCAGAUCCUGCAGAGAGAGAUGAAACUCUUAGAAAGAGGCUGAAAGAGAAACACUUCGAAGUACAGCGAAUGAAGAAAGCAGUUGAAUCGUUGAUGGAAGCCAAUGAACAGAAGGACCUUAAGAUUGAGGAACUAAAGCAGUCCUUGCAGAGGUACAAGAAAGUUCAAGAAAUGGUGAUGUCAGUGCAAGGAAAAAAAGAGAAUCCUAAUGGGAACGUGAACGCGGUGUCUCACGCUGAUGCUUCAUGCCUGUCGUCAAGCCAUUUGUCUGGAGACACAAACCAGCUUACAGAUGGUGAUGAGCAAAAGAACGCAGAUGAGCUGGAGAUCCUCAAUGGACUGUGUGAAGAUGGUUCACCCUCGUCCAGCACUUCCGAUCCUGACCAAGCCGCAGAGUCUGCAGCUACAGAUGUAGAUAGCAGCCAAGAUACAAGUCAGUCUGUCAGCCAUCAACAUGUUGAAAGAAGCAAAAAUGAGAAGAACACACGCGAAGACAUUCAAACGGGUGAGAAGCCACCACCGAGUUCUACCGCAGCCUCGCUCAUCACCACGGAGGACGACAGCUUCGGGUCCAAAAAGGCCCGCUCAUCUUUUGGGAAGGGCUUCUUCAAGUUGCGUGGCGGCAAAAAGACCGGAGUCUCCCAGAAUCUUGAUCGCAACCGCAGUGCAAGCGCGCCUAUGCUAGCUGACACUGAACACCAAGGCACCGAUCACCUAGAUUUGGCUGGAAUGCCGCAAAGGUCGCCUAACAGUGACAGCACUCACACGCUCUCCACCACACCAGAGGGAAAGAAGAAGUCUAAAGGAAUUAAGAAGCUAUUUGGCAGGCUUAAGAGAAGCCAGUCCACAACGUUUACCCUGGAUGACAACCCGCCGGUUGGAGAUUUUAAGAGGGGGGGAGUCCGAGCCACAGCUGGACCUAGACUGGGUUGGUCUCGUGAUUUCCAGCGAGUCAACAAUGAUGUGGACGCUCCCUUCGCACGCUGGUCCAAGGACCAAGUGUGUGAGUGGCUGCAAGAGCAAGGUCUUGGUCUUUACGUGAACAUGGCACAUGUGUGGGUCUCUUCUGGACAGACGUUACUCCAUGCGUCCCAACACGACCUGGAAAGGGAGCUGGGCAUCAAACACCCGCUACACCGGAAGAAGCUGCAGCUGGCUCUGCAGGCUUUGGGCUCGGAGGAAGAGGACAACAAGGGAAAGCUGGACUACAACUGGGUGACCAGGUGGCUGGAUGACAUUGGGCUGCCACAGUAUAAGACCCAGUUUGAUGAGGGACGGGUAGAUGGCCGCAUGCUGCACUACAUGACUGUGGAUGACCUGCUUUCUAUGAAAGUGGGAAGCGUCCUGCACCACCUCAGUAUCAAAAGAGCCAUCCAAGUGCUGCGACUCAACAACUAUGAGCCCAACUGCUUGCGCCGCAGACCGUCUGAUGAGAACAAUAUUUCCCCAGCAGAGAUUUCCCAGUGGACUAACCACAGGGUCAUGGAGUGGCUGCGCUCCGCCGAUCUGGCCGAAUACGCUCCCAACCUGAGAGGCAGCGGCGUGCACGGAGGCUUGAUGGUGCUGGAGCCAAGGUUUAACGUGGAGACCAUGGCGCUGCUGUUGAACAUCCCCCCUAACAAGACGCUGCUGCGUCGCCACUUGGCUACACAUUUCAACCUGCUUGUUGGUUCAGAGGCUCAGCAGCUCAAGCAGGAGUGUCUGGAAAACCCAGAUUACACUCUGCUGACUGCCACCACCAAGGUCAAGCCGAAGAAGCUGUCGUUUGGGAACUUCGGCAGUCUGAGGAAGAAAAGGCAGGAGGAAAACGAGGAGUACGUGUGUCCCAUGGACGUGGAGAUGCCGAAGGGUCGAAGCUUCCAAAAAGGCUUUGAGCUCCAGAUCUAUGAGGACGACCUCGAUCGACUGGACCAUAUGGACGACUCAGAGGGAACUGUCAGACAAAUUGGCGCUUUCUCAGAGGGAAUCCAGAACCUAACGAGCAUGUUGAAAGAAGACGAAUUCUUCAAGGGCUUGUCCAACUCCCCAAAUCACAGCGUGACGGAUGACGACUCCACUGCAUGAGAUUGACGGCACCAUGUGACCUGGUCUUGAUGUGAAUGAAAAAAACAACAGAGAAUUUCCACCCGCAUGCUCUCUUAGCUCAGCAGUUUUUUGUUAGUGUUCCAUUCAAUGAUGAGCCAUAUCCUUCUUCAUCAAGCUCAUGUUAGUCGUUUCGUUGUGUCUCCUUUACUGCCAAAAGAAGGGGGAGGACAUUGAGGACAACGCCACUGCCUGCCAGCUGGUUUCUGGAAAUAUUUUCUACUAAGUUAUGUGCUGGCAUGUUUAUGGGGGGUUGUUAUCAAACUCAAAGUUGAGAAGAGAUUAUGCCAUUUUAAGAUGUCAUUUCUUUUAAAUGACCUACUUAGUGUUGAGUGGGUGACAACCCAAUGUUAUUGACAAGGGGAGAUAAAGUUAUAUUUCUAAAUGACAGCUGCUAUCUUUUCUACAAAAAAAAGUACCUUUCUAGUUAAAAGUAAGUUGUCGUAUAUUUUAUAUUACACUGAACAUUUCAACAAUAAUAUACUGCAUGCAUUUGCAUCAAUACAUGAAACAGUACAACCUUUUGGGCUAACACAUUACUAUUAAGAAUUGUUACAUUUCUUUUUUUUUUUUCUCCACUUUAGUUCUUACUUCCAUUGUUGGCUAAUCGAAAUUGUUUUAUUACCUUUUCUGCUUAAAGUAGCUGUCAUAUUCAGUAGUAGCCAUAUAAUGCAUCCACUGACCUGACAGAGAACAUGAAUAACUUCAUGCUACUUUUAAUUCAAAGAUCAAUAAAGUAAUUUAAAUCACAGUG